CGCAGGCGCAGUGCGGCAGUGUGGAGUCGUGGCUGGAUGUGCGGCUGCGCGGACUGUCAGUGGCAAUAGAUGGAUAUUUCAGGAGUGAAAACCUUCUGGGAUAGGAUAAACCAGGCAACUCCUUCAGCAUGAAUGACAUGAACCUGAGCUCUGUGGGAAUGGAUCAGCUGAGUGCUUCAUCUGUUAGCAGCACCUUACCUGUUACGGGAAGUCACCUAGGCAUGGGUUCACCCACCCAAAACCCUCUCCCAGCUCCAGGAAUGCCAGUGGCAAUACCGAAUCUUAGUCCUUCUCUAGGCUCCCUCCCGUCAGCCCUUUCAUUAAUGCUUCCAAUGAGCAUUGGAGAACGUGGAGUAAUGUGCAGCAUACCGGAGCGAAAUUAUACUUUACCCCCUCCUCCGUACUCGCACUUGGAAAACAGCUACUUUCGGCACAUUCUACCAGGCAUUUUGUCUUACUUGGCUGACAGACCACCUCCUCAGUACAUCCAUUCCAGUGCUAUCAGUGUGGAUGGCAGCCCUGCACUGCCCGUUUCUAACAGCCAGCCUACCCUUGAUCAUUAUGAACCUAGUGGUGCAGUGGGUUUGGAGUCCAGCAUUGUCUCCAUAGACUCGAGACAAGUAGGCAAUCACGACUCUCAGAAUCUGCAUCAGAACAACAACCAAGAUGUCCCAUUGGAUGCUAGCAUCUCCAUGCAAACGGUUUCUCGUGUAAAUAGUCCCAUCUCUACGGAAGGGAUGAGUGAAAAUUUGACCAUGAAUGGUGUCACAGGAGAGCCACAAGCAUUGCCCUCUGGCUCCAGAAACCAUGAAACAAUUACUGUGGACUCUGUGGGGAAUAAUUUGGAAGCAGAGGCAGUAGUAGGGCAGAACACAGUGAUUCCAAUUCACGCUAAUGCAAUAGAGUUGCCAGUUGUCAUGGAACCAGAACCAAUGACUGGUCGAGUAAAUAACUUGCCAGAGAAUUCUUUGAGUGAGUCCAUCCAUGCUGCUGCAAUGAACUCAAAUCCAGUAGGAGUGGCACUUUCUUCCUCUCACUCACUGCCUUCACUUGAGCCAGUGUCUCUUCAUGGGUCCAGUGUGGGACUAGACACAGUCUCUGUUUCGACCAUUACAACAGAGGUCUCUAUGAGUACCAAUCGAGUGGACGGUUCCUCAGAAAACCUUUCAUUUGUGCCAGGAUCUCUGCAGAUGGAGGAAUCCAGUUCCAACAAAGAAAAUCUUACAGAUUCCUUUACAAUCUGGUGUACUCUGUGUGACCGGGCUUACCCUGAAGACUGUCCUGAACAUGGAGCGGUAACUUUCAUUCUGGACACACCAGUCAGCAGCCGAGCCAGACUGUCAGUUCCUAGACAGCUAAGCCUUAGGCAGUCCAUCACAGGAGAAGAUGUUGGUGUGUGGAGUCAAGAAACAAUUCCUGUACGCACUUGUUUUGGACCCCUGAUUGGAGAAGAGAUUAACUUGUUGGAAGUCGCUGACUGGUCAAACAAAAGCAACACUAAUAUCUGGAAGAUAUUUCACAAUUAUGUUUUGGAGUUCCUAAUAGUGACAGCAGAUGAGAACAUCUGUAACUGGAUGAUGUUUGUACACAGAGCUAGGACUCGGGAGGAGCAAAACCUGGUGGCCUAUCCUCACAAUGGGAAGAUUUAUUUUUGUACGUCCAGGGAGGUCCCUCCUGACCAUGAGCUACUCUUUUACUACACUAGGGACUAUGCAAGGCAACUUGGAGUUCCAGAGCAUCCAGAUGUGCACAUGUGUCACUGUGGGAAGGCGUAUGGCACAUACAAUGAGCUGCAGUCCCAUCUGAGCAGUCAUGGACAGAGCCGGGAAAGGAAAUGGAAGUGCUCUAUUUGUCCAAGAGCAUUCACCUCGUCUACCAAACUGAACGUUCACAUGAUGGGGCACAUGGGGAUGAAACCACACAAGUGUGAGUUCUGUAGCAAAGCAUUCAGUGACCCCAGCAACCUGCGAACUCAUCUCAAAAUCCACACAGGUCAAAAAAAUUACCGCUGUGAAAUGUGUGACAAGUCUUUUACUCAGAAGGCUCAUCUGGCCUCUCACAUGAUAAUUCACACAGGGGAGAAGAAUCUGAAAUGUGAUUAUUGUGAGAAAAUGUUCAUGCGGCGGCAGGACCUCCGGCAGCAUGUGCUGACCCACACACAAGAGCGGCAAAUCAAGUGUCCAAAUUGUGACAAGCUCUUCUGGAGGACAACCCACUUAAAGAAACAUCUCAACUCGCAUGAAGGAAGGAGGGAUUUCAUCUGUGAGAAGUGCUCAAAGGCAUACUUGACAAAAUAUCAUUUGACUAGACAUUUAAAGAUCUGUAAAGGUUCCAAGACAUGCCUGGCCAUGCAAGAUCUGGAGGAAGAGGAAGUAGAUAGUGAGGAAGAAGAACUGUUACAGUCUGGUGGUGGGACCUGCCAAUUGAACAAUGACGAUUACACCACAGAAGACAGUGCUCAGUAGUAGCAAUUGCAAAUUACUUCAGUGGUUGUCUAAUAAGAGCAAAACAGAUGGGAUUGAAAAUUCGGCUGUCCUUUUGAGCACGAACUUCAUGGAUUGAAUGCACGGUUUUCAAUGUCUCAAGAAUAAGAAGCUAAUGGAUGCAAUCAGAGGUCACAAAAUUGUAAAUGAUUGGCAUAAUGGUCUGAAGUCCAGCUCCCCUCAACUAAAAAGUGCACCUAUUGCAGAAUUGUAGACAGUACAGCACGAAGCAAGAGUAGAUGAGCACACAGAGCAGUAAUGCAGCAGUAAAGGGGGUAUCAAUGAACCUGAUACUGCUGAAUAUGAAACAGAUUAUAUAGAGUCAGAUUCUAAAAUGUUAAUUUCCCACACAAGGUCAAUCUGAACAUGCAGAUUUUAUAAUGUAUAUGUGUAUCUUCUCAUUUCUAUAUUGAAUUAUACAAACAUCUUUGAGAUUGACCAGCAAUAUGAUUACUGGUUGGAGUGAGCCCACUGAUGCCAGUUUUAGAGACAUAUUGCAAUCUCUGCCACACUGACAAAGGGGGUAGCCACUUGCUGACCUGUAGUUAUUCCUGCUUUGGGAAAUGGAAAAUAGCUUCUUGCUGCCCAUUGAUGAUGAUAUCAAGGAUCAAUGAAGGGCUUAGUUAACAUGCAAAAUAAAUUGAAGCACUUGUAACAUUGCUUCAAGGUAUUAAUUAUAAAAGCUGAGAGUUCAUGAUUGUAUAUUCAAGGCAAAACAGCACAUUUUGUUUUACUCCAGACUGCUUAAUCCAGUGCGAACCAACCCAAUGUAGGACAAACGUGUGCCUAUUAAAUACCAGUAUCACAGCUAAUAUCUUGUGUAGGAGCUGAUUCUUUAUAUUAACAUUUUAGAAAUUAACUUUUCACCUUAAAACAGCUUUCCAUAAGCAUGGAGGUACAGGAGCCAUACUGCACAUUGGAAGAUAAUUGAUAUUACAUGGCAUGUGAGGCAGUUUCACACUUUAACUAAAUAAACAGAGAGAGCAAAGCUUAACUAGAUUCUAGAUCUUUCAAACUUGUGUAGCUGCCUCAUGCCUAUUUAGUUCUUGUGACUCUGUAAUGGCUUAAGAAAAAAUGUAUGCUUAUUAGCUGGUAGAAAAUGGAUGGACAGGCAAGGGGGCUAACCAAAAUGGACAUGGUAACCUGUGCAUUUAGAUGUGAUAUAUUGUAAAUUUUUGUAAUAUAUUUUUUUUAUGUUCCAUUCAAACUAAUAUAAAAAGUGAAUUGAAAGUACAGCAUUGUUUUUAUGUCAAAGGUAAAAGAUGUAAUAGAGAGUUUCAACUUUAUGCCUUUAGAAAUUGAUCCACAAAAAAGCAAAAUAAACCACUGUUUCUGGUA